UAACCGCAGCCGGAGCAAGUUUGAACAGCAGAAGGCAGUUGGUCGGACUGAUUAACGGCAGUGAGCCAUGGCUGACGAGAAUUUUGAGAGCUUGGAGCUCAACGAGGGGGUGCCCGGUGAGUAUACGCUGGCGGAGAUUGAAGUUGGCGACAAGUCGCAGCUGCAUUUCAGCCACCUGCCGGAUGCCACAGUCCUGGCACCCAGCGAGGGGAACAGCCAAGUGAAGCGAGUUCUCGGCCAGGAGGAACUGGUCCAGCUCUUUACCAGGCCACCGCCACCGCCACCCAUCAUCCAGAUGUCCACUGAGGUGGUUCUUCAGCGCACUCUGGAGCAUCCUGCGCUGAAGCAGAUACUCCAGGAAGCCGACGGCCAGCCAGAUUUUGAUCCGGCAGCAGAGCAAAUGAAAAUACGCGAAUUCUUGGCAGGCGUCACCAACAGUAAGAUGACCACAGAGGAGUCGGUCUUUCAAGCACAACGCAUGAGCACGGGAUCGACUGGGUCCCGCAUCUACAAGUGCCGUCACUGCGGUGGCAAGUACGACGCUGUGUACUUCUCCAGUCACAUUUGUUCAUGCGAAGACGUCGCAAAGCCCGUCUAUGAGACAUUCGGACAUCAGGAUAAGCCACGAGCAGUGAAGACGGCGAUGGAAAUGGGACUGGUCCCGGCGCCACGUUAUGUUCGAGGCACCGAGCGCAUCAUCUUGGAAAAUCAAGUACGCCUACGCCGCUACAUGAAGGACGAACUGAAGUACGAUGUCACCACGGGCGUAGACAGUUCGGUGCCCAGAAAGACGGGCAAGCAGAUCAACGAGUGCGGUAUAUGCGAUCGGCAGUUCGUGCAUCCCUCCGGCCUGGUGCGCCACAUGGAGAAGCAUGCCCUGAACCUGAUCGCCCCACAGGCCAAUGCGCCAUCGAACCCGGCUCCGCCUGCCCCCGGCCUGGCCGUAGUGAUAAAGUGCAACGACUGUGGCCGCAUCUUCUAUGACAGCAAGCAGGCCAUGGAGCAUGCCCGUGUCCAUUAUCCCGAUCAACCGAAGUUAUUCGAACCACUGACGUCUGAGAACGAAUCCGAAAAGAAAGAUUUCUGUAAGCGUAUGCUGAAGGGGGACUGGCUUUUCUUUUGUGUGCAGUCAAAGAAACGAAGUGUCGAUCAGAAGCAAGAGAAGCGAGCGUUUGAGGCCGGGCUAUCUAGCACCCUGAUCCUCGGCAGUGUACUGCAAUGCGAGUUUUGCGAGUACGUAUUUGCGGAUAUUGAGAAGCUGCUUGUCCACUCGGCCGCUCACGUGGCGGAGAGGCGCUUCGAGUGCACCGCCUGCGGCAUUACAAUGAACACGACCAAGGAGGCCAGUGUGCAUUUCCAGACGGAAUGUAUAUUCAUGCGCGAGGAACUCAAGCGGCUGGAUGUCUCUCUGUUUCGGUACUUUGUGUGCAAUGUGUGCGAGCAGAAGUUCUCCACUGCAGACCUGCUGCAGGAGCACCGAUACAUCUACUACCAUUACUUUCCACGCCUCACCGCCGAUGGCAGUACACUUGUGCUGCCCUGCGAAUAUUGCGAUGCCAACUUCACGCAUGCCCACGAGGUGGAGGAGCAUAACCAGGAGAAGCAUCUGAACAGGAAGAGGCGCGAAAAGGAGACGCGCACCAACGGCCCCAGCUAUGGCAACGGCCGCCUUCGCCAUUACCUGUGCGACGUCUGUGGAAAGUCGUACACUCAGUCCAGCCAUCUGUGGCAGCACUUGCGCUUCCACCAGGGUAAGUGUCAGCUGUGUCAGCGUAGUCCCUGGCCGAUCACCAGCUCUCCCGUGGGCCUGACAGGUGUCAAGCCCUUCGCCUGCCAAGAGGCCAAUUGCGAUAGGAAGUUCACCAUCCGUCCGGACCUCAACGAUCACAUCCGCAAGUGUCAUACUGGAGAGCGACCGUAUCAUUGCUUGGUGUGUGGAAAGCGCUUCCUCACCGGCUCCGUCUUCUAUCAGCACCGUCUUAUACAUCGCGGGGAGCGGCGCUACGAGUGCGAUGAGUGCGGCAAGCGGUUCUACCGAGCCGAUGCCCUGAAGAACCACCAGAGGAUCCACACUGGCGAGAAACCAUAUAGCUGCCUCUUCUGCACAAAGACAUUUCGCCAACGCGGAGACCGGGACAAGCAUAUACGUGCACGGCAUUCCCAUUUGGACGCCAACUCGCGUCUUAUGAUGCAGAUGCAGAAGUUUCAGCUGGAGUCGGCGCAAGCAGCAAAGGCCAGAAUCCAGCUGGAGCAAAUGGGCGAUGGUGACAGCUACUCGGCGGAAGCAUCAGGAUCUCAUGUCGGUCCUGAGGAAGAUGGUCCAAACAACUUCGCUACGGAAGAACAAGAUGGAAUGUAUUGCGAUCCAAUGGAUGGAUUCACUCCAAGCCAAUUUGAGAUUCAGCAGUGUGUGGAGGAGGCUGAGCCCACGCCCAUGAAUGAAGACGUAGAUCAAGAAAUAAUUGUGUACGAGAGCCCAGAGCCGACUAUGACAAUUUCUUAUGAACCAAAGCCAGAACCACAGCAAAUGGAACAGGAGAUUCCAGUGAAACCCGAAAGACCAAAGCGUAAAAUUGUAGUGGUUAAGAAUAAUCCAUCUCUACCGUUUUAUCCAAAUUCAUACAUGUAAAAUUGUGUAAA